UCUGGAGGAUCUCUUUUCGCCGAGGGCUUGCCGACGCCAAAACUACCCGUUUUCCAGCUAGUUUGUUAAAGGCUGGGAUGGCGAGUGCGUGGGACAGAACACUUUCAUGUUUCGACAUUGAACAGGCACAAUGUGCACGGCUUGACUACACUGCCACUCUUCUGACAUGCGCUUCCGAGCCAAAAUCGAGCACGUUCUGAACUAUUCCCGUAUUGUGCAAACGGUCGAAAAGAUCGCCAAGCAAUGUGUUAUGAGGUGGUCACCCGAAGAGCUCCAGAUUAUCUGUGAAGGUGGAGACAAUGAAGGAGGCGUGCAGAUCUGGUCAAAGUUUAGAGUGGCAUCCCUAUUCACCGAUUACAGGAUUCAGUCCAACUCAGAGAAUAUGAUACAUAUGCAGAUAUCCACCGAACCUUUCGUCCAGGCCCUCCGCUCCGCUCAGUCCUCCCCAGACGUAGUUAUCAAGCUCGCGAAGAGGGAUGAGUUGGCUGUGCUCAGGUUCGACUUUCAGGCUGUUAGUCAUCAAGGCAAAAACAUACAGGUUAUUCAUGACGUUAGGGUUCAUGUCAUGCGCCAGGAGGAGAUUGCGAGGCUCGAAGAACCACAGUGCCCCGAACCAGACGUACACAUCAUUCUCCCUCCUUUGACCAAACUUCGUACUGUGACUGAGCACAUGCGGCCGUUAUCAAGUCUCAUGGGAGUUUCAGCUACUCGCUCUGGGCGGUUCAGUCUCAGAAUACAAACAGAUGAAGUUUCCGUAGAGACAGAUUGGACAGGAUGUGAGACGCCUAGGGCCCCUUACUCGGAACAAGCAGAAAGGGAGGACGUGGAUCCGGAUGAAUGGUAUCGUGCAAUCGUGUCGGUCAAGAGCUUUUUGCAGUUCUUGUCCAGCUAUGUUGUAUCAACAACCACCGUCGCUUCCAUAUGCCAUAACCACUGCGUGAUUAUGUAUGUCUAUAUUGGCGACCACCGUGACCCUCAUGGUGGAGGGGGAGUCCUCACUUUCUACAUCCCUGCAAGGAUACCUUGAGGUUGCAGUUUACUUGGCAAUGAUACUAGCGUA